AAACAAAAAAAAACUCAAAGUAUCACAUGAAAAUACGAAUGAGCAGAAUUUAAUACUAAUAACAAAUGUCAAAAGAAAAGGUGCCGAAAUGGACAAAACCAACGAAGAAAAAUGGACUAACCAAAUGCAAGCGAACACCAAUGAAAAAGCCUGA